AUGGAAACAAGCGAUCCGAUUCUGCGGAGAAUGCCACGUGGCGCACGGCCGUGGGCGGUAUUGGUGGGAGGAGUGAUGUGUAUGGUGACGUUCGGAAUUGUUUAUACUUGUGGUAACCUCCUGCCAUAUCUCGUCUCCUAUUUCCGAUGGAAAAUGUAUCCGGACAUGCAUACUGGACAGUUGAUAUGGCUGCAGACACUUCUAAGUGGUCUACCAAUGGGAAUGGUGAUCGGUGGACUUUUUGAAAGAAGUUUCGGUGGGAGAGCCGGCGCAUUCAUGGGUGCUAUUAUUUAUACAUUUGGUGUGGGAGCCACAUUCUACUCCAUUCAACAUUCCUAUGCUGUCACAUUGCUAACCAUGGGAGGAAUCGCUAGUGUAGGAAGUAGUAUAGCAUACAGUUCGAUUUUACCAACGGCUCAAAGGUGGUUCCCUGACAACGUCGGUCUCGCCGGAGGUAUCAUUAUCGGUGGCUAUGGAUGUGGUGCCUUCAUCCUUGCCCCUUUACAAACCACUUUUAUCAACCCAUUGGAUUAUCGAGUCAACGAUCAAGGAUUCUUCACUCAAGAAGAUCUGCUAGAACGGGUACCUUAUGUGUUUAUAGUCAUGGCCAUAUUCUUCACGGUGUUCCAAUCAAUCGGGUUGAUUUUCAUCGGGCAACCAGAUUCUGACAUAAUGGUGGAAACUGAGAACUUGAUUGGGACGAAUAGCGAGAUUCGAGUGGAGCAGGCAAGAGUGUGGCCGCAGAUACGCACCACCACCUUCCUCGUCCUCUUCAUCUCCCUUACCUGCAACGCCACAUGGGUUCAACUCACCAGUGGACUCUACAAAGCAUACGGACAACAAUUCAUUGAUUCCGACUUCUUUUUGAGUCUAAUCGGCUCAAUUUCAUCAGUUUUCAACGCAGGAAGUCGAGUUUUCUGGGGUGCAGUUGCGGAUUCCACCUCUUAUCAAUUCUCUAUGUCAAUUGUGUGCAGUAUGGGCGCAGUACUCGCGUUCUCGUUGCCACUGGUGAAGAUGAUUGAUAAUGAUGUGUUGUUUUUGGCAACAGUCUGCCUAAUCUUCUCCUGCAUCGGUGGAACCUUCUCGAUCUUCCCUUACAUCACACAUAAAUGCUUCAGCAAGGCCAACUUCAGUGUCAUGUACGGAUUCCUGCAGUGCGCGGUGAGUGUUGCUGGUCUCAUCGCUGGUCUGAUAUCUACUCACGCUCUCAACAAGAUUGGAUUCGAGAACUUGUUCAUUGUCUGCGGGUUCUUUAUGAUUGUCUCGUUAUGUUUAACAUUUAUCGUCCAUAAGACCGACUUGGCUCGAUUAAUGGUGUCUGCUGAAAGAGAGCAUGAAGAGGAGGACGGGGAGUAUCAAGUGUUCCAGUGA